CCACCAAAGAACAGCUCCUUUGCGACGCGGGUAAGACAAACGUUAUCGUAGCAGUAGCCUAGUAGAUGGGCCACAAGUGGAGAAUUGAUGGAAGAGAAUUGAGCAAUUAUCUACUUUACUUUUUCUUCUUGGGCGGUGACUAUUGGUGAGGUCUUGGCUGCGUUAUUGACUCAACACGCCUUAUUGAGCAGUCGUGCUAGACAUAAGUGCUGGUUUUCCGGAAUCAACGCAAGCGAGAACAGUGAGGGGGCUCUCGUCGACUCCGAGUGUGCCGAAUGAUGUCCUUUCUGUCGGGGCAGUGAGAAGGAAUCAAAGGUAUCUACAAAAGGACCACCAACGCCUGCUUUCCAAAGGUGUUGUUUUGAAAGUUAUGGACAGUGCGCUCUACCACUCAGCGGGAAUUUUCGGCACCCCCUCGGCUUCUAGAAACUUGACUGCGGGCGGAAACAUGAUCACCUCCACCAAGCCUCUCGCUUUUUCGAUCGAACGGAUUAUGGCCAGGACGCCCGAGCCAAAGUCGAUACCUUUCCCCAACCUGUUCCAUCACACUCCGGUGGGCAAAGCGGACCCGAAGCAGGCGCUCAACAUGACUUCAUCCUCACUGCAUUGCAUGAUACCAUUAGUGCCAUUGGCAUACGAACCGGGUCAUAAACUAAAUAUGAAUGGAUUAGAUACGAGUCACUUUGACGCUUCCUCGUAUAAUUCAAAUGAGUUGGUCAGCAUUGGUUUGAACUAUAAGAACGAACAACCAGAUCUGAGCUCGUCGGUGGGACAAUACAAACUUUUUCGACCACGGGUGGUAAACCAGUCAUCUUUUCAUGCCAUGGGGGCUGUGUGCUACCUGAACUGCGGGCAGAGUGCAUGCCCACCCCCAGCCAGCAUCGUAAACAUCCACCCCAUGGCCUCCUACUUUCUCAACACUCCACUGCAGCAUGCGCGCCAGAGAGCUUUCCUCGCGGAGAAAAAUAAAGUGUCUCACUGUGCAGACAGAUACGCAUCCGGAGUUAAAGACAUUUCCCAAACUCAACUCCAUCACUACAUGAAAGAGAGCGCACAGAUUAUAUCGGACAAACUAUUCAAGGGCUCUUCCAAAUUGAACAGUGGUUGCCCAAGCGGCAAACCCAAAGUAUUCACCUGCGAGGUUUGCGGGAAGGUGUUCAACGCCCACUACAAUUUAACGCGCCAUAUGCCCGUGCACACUGGAGCGAGACCAUUCAUCUGCAAAGUAUGCGGCAAGGGAUUUCGGCAAGCAAGCACCCUUUGUCGCCACAAAAUUAUUCAUACUCAGGAAAAGCCUCAUAAAUGCAACCAGUGUGGAAAAGCGUUCAACCGGAGUUCAACUCUUAACACUCACACACGAAUCCAUGCAGGUUACAAACCCUUCGUCUGUGAGUUCUGCGGCAAAGGAUUUCAUCAAAAAGGUAAUUACAAGAACCACAAAUUGACGCACAGCGGGGAGAAACAGUUCAAAUGCAACAUCUGUAACAAGGCCUUCCACCAAGUGUACAACCUGACGUUCCAUAUGCACACGCACAAUGACAAGAAGCCCUUCACGUGCCCGACUUGCGGCAAGGGAUUCUGUAGGAACUUUGACCUGAAAAAGCACAUGCGAAAACUACACGAUCUCUCUGGAUCCCAAUCCCCUGCCACUCUCGCCCCAGGCGAAACUGACUAAAAAGCUCCGAGGCUAAAAUGCCAACCAUGCGCCUUUACGCACACUGAUUUGCCCAAAUCUGGAAUUACGCAUGCGAGUUUAGACCGCGCAAAAAUGCUGUGGACUAUUCUAUUAGUACUUAUUUUCCUUGAAUUUGACAUUAUAAUGUCACUAUACUGUUGUUUUAAAUCUCAGGAUUACUGUAAAAUCGAUAUUUAUUUGAAACUUUAUAGGCUAAUAAUUUAAGAGAAUAAUUGAAGACUAUGUACAAAUGAUGUUUUGCUGUGAUAAGUGUGGUAGCCUACCCCAUUUUAUAUGAUGCCCUUGAUAAAGUUACAUGAUUUUUCAACACUUGUGUAUAUGCAAAGUUUUGCAGGAAACGAGUGUCUUUGACACAUAGAUCUACGUUUUUAAACAGGUGCACAAACUCAAACAUUUAAGUUAUGAAAAUAAAAU